UCCAACUUUAACCUCCCCUUUCGCAUUUUCUUGGCCCUUGCCGAACUCCACGCGCCCUCUCAGUUCAAUUUCCCUCUGUGUUUUCCCUCCCGGACCUCUUCGCCUGCCUGUUCUGCGAGCACAAGCCACAUCUGCCUUUUUCUUCAUUACAAACCCCCAUCGUUCGCCGGGCAUUCUUCCCCCAUUCCUUUUCUGAUUCUACGACAUUCACUCGCUACUUACUUUAAUCGUCCACCUUUUUCUUUUUCCCGGAGGCUUUAACUUACCUAGUGAGGAGAAUCGAGGGCGUUGCUACCCCCAACACGCUUUUUUCAACCACAUCCGAGUCAUCGGUAUAACCUCAGAGUCAACUGUAACGCCUGGCUCCAAACGGGCAAAUAAGAACACAAACCGACAAAAUGAUCGCCAAGGCUUUUGUAUCUGCCGUCGCGGCUGCGGCUGUUGUUUCUGCCCAGGGCAACAGCAACUUCUGUAGCCAAGACACCAUCCAGAUCAACUCCAAUGCGGACGCCUCCAACCUGCAGAGCUGCCGGACGGUCAAGAGCAUCAACAUCGGAAACCAGACCGACAACUCCCUGAAGCUCUCGGGACCCACCACCAUUGAGGGUGACCUGACGGUGCAGGGCAACAAGAACCUCCGUAGCCUCGAGAGCGACACCAUCCAGACCAUCAAGGGCAAGUUCACCCUGGCAAGUCUGGAGAAGCUCGACACUCUCAAGUUCGAUCGCCUCGGCGAAGUGGGCGAGAUCGCAUGGCAGACACUGCCCCAGCUUGCCGGGCUCGGCUUUGGCACCGUUGGUGUCACCAAGGCCAAGAAGGUCAUCAUCAGCGACACCUUCCUGAACUCUCUCGAUGGCCUUAACCUGGUCACCGUCGACUUCAUGGACCUGAACAACAACGGUCGCCUGCUGAAGCACGUCUCAAAGCUUGCCAACCUGACCACCCUGCUGAAGCUUCAGGCCAAUGGCCGCAACGAGCUGCAGUGGGAGAUGCCCGAGUUGCUGUGGGCUGCCAACCUGACGAUCGCCAACGUUUCCACCUUCACUGUGCCCAAGGUGAAGGAGAUCAACGGCUCGCUCCGGUUUGAUACCAACAAGAUCGUCAGCUUUGACGCCCCCAACCUGACAAAGGCUGGUGCCGACAUCUCAUUCGUCGGCAACGCCGCGCUCUCCAACAUCUCGUUCCCCCAGCUUACCACGGUUGGCGGCUCGCUCACCAUUGCCAACAACACUGCUCUCGAGCGCCUGGAUACCAUGCCCAAGCUCCAGCAGGUUGGAGGCGCUGUCCGCCUUCGUGGCAACUUCAGCGCUGUCGAGCUUCCCUCCAUGGACUCUGCUUCGGGCGCCUUCGUGAAGGGUGUCUUCGACGUUCAGAGCACGACGGACAUCAAGAAGUCUUGCAACUCUCUUAAGGCCCACGCACGCACCCAAGACGGCGGUGACAACAAGAUCCAGGGUCCCUUCACCUGCGAGAGCAACAACGACAAGGCCAACGAGGACAUCAACAACCCCAACUCCGGCGGCUCCAAGAACCCCAACUCGGCCACGGGUAUGACCAUCAACAUGGCUCUGCUUGGUCUGUCGCUUGUUGCUGGUGUCGCAUCCAUGCUGUAAUCGGCUGGGUCGCCUAUUUGCUUUUUGAAUCGCCGCCACAUCGAUUGUUGUUCCUAGGAGGACGGGGAUGAAACUUGCAACCUUGUGUCACAGGCUAGGAAACGGAGGCGUUCUCUUUUCCAUUACGCUGAUUCUCUUGUGUUUCGUUUUCACGGUCAUCAAUCAUCCAAGUGUUUUCUUACUGCUCUGGACUUCGUUUGGUCAUACAACACAUCUCUCCUACCCCCGGUCAUAGUGGAAGCUGCCACAGUCAGGAUCCCACUAUUAGACUUAAUAUCACCGCCGCCCCGAAGGGAACGAAAAAGUCUUCUAGCAUCAGGUUCUUGUACUCUCCCCCUCUCUUUCUGGGAUACACAAAAAAAAUGUGAAUAGCACUUGAUUUUCUCGCUCUCAUUCUCUUUUUGUGCCGUCUCUUGGGUCGAUCAGCUUCAGGUUGGUGAGAGAUGAUUUCCAUAAGGGUUUGCGCGUGGGAUUUUGGAAUUUAUGCGCGACGAGAACCCUUGAUGACCUCCCACCCCCAUUGUAUUCCCCCCGCAUAUGUCAUGUCGUCAUGGUCCCUCGACCGCUCGGGCCUGAGCCCGCGCCCAGGCAAGCAGAAGAAAAAAACAACCUUUGUUGCUGGUCGACCGCUCGAGCGCCUGAGAAGGAAGGGGGAGGAGGUGUGCAACCCACUCGCCUAGACUGGGCGGGGUCAACACGCGACGAUGUUUUGAAGGACCGGGGCAGCGGUCAGGCUUGUGCUGGUUUGAUGUCUCUCUUUUCAGCUUACCGUCUUUGUAGUAUGUAUCUAGCCAAUUCGAUUCGCCUUUG